AUGGGUCCAGUAGGAAUUGGAAUCCAAGGCUCUCCUGGUAUCAGAGGACCCAGUGGGGAACCAGGAAUCCAGGGCCCAAGAGGACCCCCUGGAUUACCAGGAACUCCGGGAACCCCAGGUAUUGAUGGUAUUCCAGGACGUGAUGGAAAGCCAGGACAUCCGGGGCCUCCAGGUGAUCCAGUUGCUCUGCCGCUCCUUGGAGACAUGGGUGCCUUACUGAAGGGUGAUCCUGGACCAAGAGGUCCUCCAGGAGUUCCAGGCAGAGAAGGGCCUAAGGGAAGCAAAGGUGAACGUGGAUUUCCUGGGCUUCCUGGAGAAAAGGGUGAUGAGGGUCUUCAGGGUAUUCCAGGACUCCCUGGUGUCUCAGGGCCUCCUGGAUCUUCUGGGGCAAUAGGAAGACCUGGACAUCCAGGUUCACCAGGAACAAAAGGAGAAAAGGGAUCUGAAGGCAUUCCUGGAAAACCUGGACCUCCUGGACCACCAGGUGUGCCAUACAAUGAAAGAAAUGGCAUGAGCAGCCUCUAUAAACUACAGGGAAGCGCCAAUGUUGCUGGUCCACCUGGAGCUCCUGGCCCCAAAGGUGACACUGGAGCAGUGGGCGAACCAGGUCCAAUGGGACUACCAGGACUUGAGGGACUUCCAGGAGAGAAGGGAGAUCGUGGCCCAGCAGGUCCUCCAGGAAUACCAGGAAUAUCUGGAAAGCCUGGUGCGCCAGGGCCAGCAGGGAUUCCCGGAGAACCAGGUGAAAGGGGCCCUGUCGGAGACAUUGGCUUCCCUGGGCCAGAAGGACCAACUGGAAUACCAGGCAUAAAUGGGAAGGAUGGAUUGCCUGGUCCUCAGGGUUUAAUGGGAAGACCUGGUGACAGAGGCCCCAAAGGAGAACGAGGGGAUCAAGGCAUACCAGGAGACAGAGGGCCUCAAGGUGAAAGAGGAAAACCUGGCUUACCCGGAGACAAAGGAUCUCUAGGACCUACUGGGCCACAUGGGGACAAGGGCAACCCUGGGUCACCAGGUCCUCAGGGCCAUCCAGGUGUCCCCGGCUUACCGGCUGAUGCCAUUUCAUUCGAAGAAAUGAAGAAAUAUGUCAGACAAGAGGUUCUUAGAGUUUUUGAAGAGAGAAUGGCUCAGUUUGUAUCUCAGCUCAAGCUGCCAGCUGCCAUGUUAGCUUCCCAAGCUCAUGGAAAACCAGGUCUUCCAGGAAAAGAUGGGUUACCUGGGCCACCUGGGGAACCUGGACCUCCAGGCUACAGAGGACAGAAAGGUGAAAGAGGAGAGCCUGGAAUUGGGUUGCCAGGUGAACUUGGUCCACCUGGCCCAUCAGUCGCAGGUAUGCCCGGUCCACCGGGAACUCCAGGAGCACCAGGUUCACAAGGCCCUCCUGGACCAACUGGAAGGUGCAACCCAGCAGAUUGCUAUCAUCACGCUUCUCAAACUCGACCUCGGACAACCAGGAAAUGA